AUGGCCCCCAAGGAUGUGUAUCAGGAUGAUGGGUCGCUUUCAAACUUUCUUGACGGACUCAUUCAGUCCGCUAGCGAUGACAGAGCUGACGUCCUCGGCAUAGAAAGCCAAACUUCCCCAUCUGAGCCGAAGCCCCCGGUUGAACCCGAGCGUCUGGUACACGGCAUUUCGGUCGCCAACGAUUUGUUAAGGGAGGGUGGUCAAUGUCCCCCUUUGCCUUUCCUGACAGAGAACAAUGAAAACAUCGACCGUGUCUUGGCUGCAGCACUUUCGACCAUUGUCCGGCUAUCCCGUUGCUGCAAAGCAAAUGUCAGCCUUCGUGUUGAUGCCGAAAACCGCUUCCAAGCCACGCAGAUCGAUGCAGACCGCUUAUCGCGCGUGCUGCACAUCACGAAGGACAAAGUCACAAAGAGAGAAGGCGACGUCGUUGGGGCGAAGAACAAACUGCGAGAGACUGAAGCUAAGAACAGGCGCAAAGUUGCCCAGCUUACUGCCGAGAGCAAUUCCUUGCGAACCAGAUUAGCCGCGGGCGAGGGCCAGAUCAAUCAGCUCAACCUUGAGGCGAAGAAGCGUGAGCGCCAAUAUACCCAUCUUCAACAACGAGUCCAUGCGCUCAUGUCCAACUCCAAGAAACUUAGCAUUGAACCCGCAAUUACUCGUGGAGAAGGAAACAAAGUGAAGCACUUCCACUACCAACGCAAAUCAAGUCAAACAGGAGAUGACUCGGAACUAGAAGUUGAUACUGACGAGGAAGUAAAUGCGGCAGGCGUGUUGUUAGUCGAAAACAACUCAUUUCGAAGACUCUUGCACUCCAUCCAGGUCGAGAUGGAUGAUAUCAUUGGCGGGUACACAUCUGCAUUCAAGUUCUUACAUCCGCCAAACGAGCAAUCAAGUGAAACUUCCGACGUUAGUGAUGGAGAAGAAGAGACUAGCAACAGCGUUCCCGCCCCUGCACCAACCCUGGAACGCAUGCUCCUCCCUUUCGAUAUUAUUGGGAACGAUGUUGAGGGCCUCAUCGACGAAAAGUUCUCCGUCAUUCGCAAGGCCCUAGAGCGAGUAGAAUAA